UCCGCGACCGAGCCCUCUUUGUUUGUUGACAAGCGGAGUCGAGUCCGCACCGCGGUGUUGUUUUCUGUUAUUUCUGUUUGGUUCGCGAGACUUCGCGCGUGCGUUCGUCCGCGCCAGUCGUGUGCUCUCCGCUCAAACAAAUCGUAAUAACUUUCGUUUUUUAUAUACGUCUACUGUACUGGUUCAUUGGAUUUCCAGUUUGUGUGGUUUAUAUUAGGCUUAAGACCUUCUUCGUGUUAAACCUACAUUGUGAAUAGUGAAGUUUUGUGCUGCAAUCUGCGUGCAUUUGUGAUUGUUUCGCAAACAACUAAAAUUACUCUUUCUCCGUGCCAAAAGAGGGUGGCGGGCGGUAGGAAGGAGCGCGCGGCGCGGCGCGAGGGCGCGCGCGGCAGGUGACCGGCGGUCCGCGCGGCUCAUGUGGGCGGCGGGUGCGUGCUGCUCGCGCCAGGCAGGCGAGGGCGCGGCGGUCGCGCGCACGCCCGUCAAGACGUUCCAGGCGUACCUGCCGCCGGCGCACCGCACCUACAGCUGCAUCCACUGCCGCGCGCACCUGGCCAGCCACGACGAGCUUAUAUCCAAGUCGUUCCAAGGCAGCCAGGGGCGCGCGUAUCUCUUCAAUUCAGUUGUAAACGUGGGCUGCGGUCCGGCUGAGGAGCGUGUCUUGCUGACAGGUCUGCACGCCGUGGCAGACAUUUACUGCGAGUGCUGCAAGACCAUGCUGGGAUGGAAAUAUGAGUAUGCCUUCGAGUCGAGUCAGAAAUACAAAGAGGGCAAGUUCAUAAUCGAGCUCGCUCACAUGGUGAAAGAGAACGGGUGGGACUGAGUGCCGGACGUUGACGUGUGUGCUCGGAGCCGGACUAUAGUGCUGUGACAUGAACGGACCAAGCCUCGAGUCAAUUAGUCAGCCGAUCGGCAUAGGGAUGUGAAGCGAUCGGGAUCAGGAUAUGAGCGCACCACGCCGGUUCGAACCUUCGUGAUGACGUCACAGGCGAGACCGACUCGCCUACCGAUGUAACACAGACAGAACGAUGUCGCCCGAAUCGGCCGUCGUCGUAAAGAGAUUAUUUUUGUCAUACUAUAAAAAUUAUUAUUGGGAUAUCGGCGACGACCGUUCCUGGCGAUUUCGAUGGGAAAUCGAAAGAAUUGGAUUCGAUAGGCUAUAAGUUUGCGGAAUUGACCGAUUGUCAUAAGGCUUCAAGCGCUUGAGCACCGCCAGUGGUUACAUAUACAUAAGUAAUCGAUCUCAGCCGCCCAGCGUUGGGCAGUGGGCUUACAAUUUAUACUAAUUUUAGUUUAUAUUUUAAAACGAUUUUAAUUUCGCCAAUAACGCGCGGACUUAUCCUUAAGUUGUAUUAGGUUAUUUUACACGUAAUCGCUAUAUUGAGAGAACACUAAUACUUUCUCUUGUCCCCUUAACCUGUGAUAAGUAUGUUAGUGUAGAGUUGAAUUUCUUGAACGAUUUUUCUCAAAGAGUUGCUCAGAGAUGACAGAUGUAUGUUCCUAAUGAUUUCAGCUGUACAAGAUUGCUUUUAUUUUGUUUUUUUUUUUUUUUAGGAAACUAGUCGAAACCGUUUAUGUUUGCGGAAUUGAAAUCCGUAUUUGAUUUGCAUCCGAUUAUUAUGAUUUAUAAUUUUUAGUUAGGACAACUUUUUGACUGUUCAUCUGUAUCAUAUGAUUUUCUUUUUGGAGAAAAUACUUACGAAGUUCAAAGAUAAUUUGAUGUUUUCGUUUACGCGAAGUCGGUAAUUGGAGAGGAUUCGAUGCAAGAUUCGAACGAGAUCAAUUUUUAUAUAGACGAAGGUUUGGGAGCGAGGAGUUUUAUUAUUCAUUUAUUGUUUCUCUUAAAAUGUAAUAAUAUAUAAUUAGUAGAGACAUUUAACCCCAUAUAUUUUAUCUUAAUAUGCAUAUGGUACUUCAUUUAAUUAAUUAUUAUGAUGUUAUCUGUGUAAGAAAAAUGGAUGAGCUUCGAUUAACAUGAUUGUGUAUCGAUAUCGAUAUAUCAAUGAUGAAAAAUCCUACAACCCUAUUACUACGAAACUUGCAAAGGCGAAUUGUAACAUGUAUCAUGUAUGGCCGAUUAAAAAUU